AUGCCCGGCACACUCAGUGUUCUCCUGGUUGGAGCUGGAGGAGCCUGGGGAAGACCAUUAUUGGAGCAAUUCAUCAAGCAAAAGUCUUCGUUCAAACGAGUCGCCGUUCUUGCUCGAGAUCAGAACCACGCCGAGAAGUUUAGUGAUGCCAAAGCUCAAGGGGUCGAAAUAGUGCUAGGAUCCUUCCUGGAUUCGGCUCCUUACAAAGGCUUCGACGUCGUGAUGUCCUUGGUGGGCAACCCUCUCCUCCGUCUCCAGCCGGCAAUGAUCCAAGCAGCCAGCGCGGCCGGCGUCACACACUUCUACCCUGGAGAAUGGAACAGCGAUAUCGACCAGCCCGAGAUCGCGAACAUGAGAUACUUUCGCGACAAACAAGCAACACGGGCGCAGUGUCACGCCACCGCACAGGAGAAUCCAAAUUUCAAGUAUACGAUUUUCAUUACUGGCAUCUUCACCGAGUGGACGUUGAUGUUUGGCUGGGACCAUGAGAAGAAAUCGGCGGUAGUUUUUGGAGAUUCCUCGAAGAGGAUUGGGUCGACGAGUAUCCCGGACAUCGCGAGAUAUACCGUCGAUUCUCUCCUCAUCCCUUUCAAAGCGGACGGCGGUGCCUUUCCCAACCGUCGAACCAUCCGAGCGCAAGGUGGCUCAAAGCCUUACGGAGAGCUUGUUGCAGACCUCGAAGAGGCUCGUGGCAUGAAAUAUUCCGUCGAGUAUCGAGACCGAGCAGAAGCCCUGAAGCUGCAAGAGCAGGCGAGGCAGCAGGGAGACGAGGCAGGGGAGAUGUUCUGGUCGAUACGGACUCUUCCAGCGAGCGGGUAUGGAGUUGCGGAUGGUGUCGAGGAGGGCAAGUUGGACAACGAUUUGUUUGAUUUCACGCCGGAGACGCAGAAAGAGACGUUUGAAAGGUUUUGGAGUGGACAGAAGUGA